CUGUACUCAAAUAGAGAGAGAUAGAGAGGGAGAGAGAGGCAACCAACCAAUAGAAAGAGUUGGUUGGUUGACCUUGUAUGCUUUCCCGGGUUUUUUGCCAGUAUUGGAAGGUGCAGCCAUUCAUUCCACUCCCUUUCUCCUUGUUUAUUCCUUUCUCUUCUCUUUCCUUGUGCCAACCUGCAGCUUCAUCAAACAUGCACCCCACUUCCCAUUUCAGCUCAACACACGCAAAACUCAAGAAAUCAACUGCAUCUUUUCAACUUGGAGGGAUUGGAAGAAGAGCCCCUUUUCCGUUAGUACUGGUCCCUGGGAGGGGUUUUCCCUUGUGUGCUUUCGCUGUUAAUGUUGGACGAAGCCCACCAUGAUCAAUCAAAUGUGGUUUUUGUCUCCCCUCUUAGUUAGAUUUCUAAGAUGAUGGUUGAACCAGAACGCUGCGUAGAGAAAUCCACGUUUUCAAAGUUACACGAAAUGCAGGAAAUUGAUCAGGCAAGUGGGAUGGAGGGAACGGAUGAGAAUAUUCAAGUCCCGCUAAAAUCUGUAGACGAUGCUGAAUUGCAGGCAGCUCCAGAGGUAGUUGCUGUUGCCAAUGGAUCGAUGGAUAAAGACCCUGUUCCUCCACCCUCUAAUGAUGGAGCUAAAUCAGGGAGUGCACCAAAGAAAAAGGAGGUUUCAGAAAUGGAUAUGAUGAAGGAAAGAUUUGCAAAGCUGCUUUUGGGAGAGGACAUGUCAGGUGGUGGAAAGGGCGUUUCUUCUGCUUUAGCCCUGUCAAACGCCAUUACGAAUCUUGCAGCUUCGGUUUUUGGAGAGCAGUCGAAGUUGGAGCCCAUGUCGCCAGAGAGGAAGGCAAGGUGGAAGAAGGAAAUCGGCUGGCUUUUAUCAGUCACGGAUUAUAUAGUCGAAUUUGUUGCUUCUGAACAGAAAUCAAAAGAUGGAACAAGCAUGGAGAUAAUGACGACACAGCAAAGGAAAGACCUUCUCAUGAACAUUCCAGCCUUACGCAAGCUUGAUGCAAUGCUCCUCGCCACCCUAGAUAAUUUCACGAAUCAGCACGACUUCUGGUACGUGUCGAAAGAUGCUGAUGAAUCUGAAAAAGGAGUCCAAAGAGGUGACAAAUGGUGGUUGCCCACAGUGAAGGUUCCACCAAAUGGACUGUCUGAAGAGUCGCGUCAGUUUCUGCAAAAACAAAAGGAAUCAGUGAAUCAAGUGCUCAAAGCAUCCAUGGCUAUAAAUGCUCAAAUACUCUCUGAUAUAGACAUUCCAGAAAGCUACAUUGAAUCCCUUCCCAGGAAUGGCAAAGCGAGCCUGGGAGAAUUAAUCUAUAGAAGCAUUACUGUUGAGUUCUUCGAUCCUCAGCAAUUCCUAUCAACUAUGGACCUUUCGUCCGAGCACAAAGUUCUUGACCUCAAGAACAGAAUUGAGGCUUCUAUCGUGAUAUGGAAACGGAAGAUGCACCAAAAGGAUGCGAAAUCUGGAUGGGGUUUAGCUGUGAGCGCUGAGAAGAGAGAGCUUUUUGAAGAAAGAGCAGAGACAAUCUUGCUCCUGUUAAAACAUCAGUUCCCUGGACUUCCUCAAUCCUCACUUGACAUAAGCAAAAUCCAAUUUAACAGAGAUGUAGGUAUGUCUGUCCUAGAGAGCUACUCAAGGGUACUGGAAACAUUGGCCAACACGGUGAUGUCCCGCAUAGAAGACGUUCUAUAUGCUGAUUCAGUGGCUCAAAAUCCAUCACUUGCUGUGGUUAAAGUGGAGCAGCCUACUGACCCCCUGCCUUCACCAACGAUAAGCAACCCCCCAAACCCUGAAGAAGAGGCAGAGAAGUUAAGUCCUGCCCCUGAAACACCUACGUCAAUGACACUUUCGGAUUUCAUGGGCUGGAAAGAUGAGCCUUCUGAGCCGGAAGUUGUCAAGAGUGCUUCAACGGCUAACGUGGAGGCUCCUCCUCCCAAGGAUGAAGAGGACAAUGGAGCGUUUAAAUAUGCUAGUAGUACCCUUAAGAAGUAUCUAUAUAUAGAUAAGAUUGAUAUGACCGGUCUGAAGAGUCCGAUUGCACGACACUAAAGGAGCGAGAGCAACAAAUAUAGAGAUAGAUGAAGAGUGAAGACACAAGCUAGAGAGUAGUAGAGAGGAACUCCUGCAACUAUAUAGACCCUCAGAACCUAAUCGGAAAUUAGCUCACACAUCAACUGCUCUUCCUUCCAGUUGUGUAGGGGGAAGUAUGAGUUUACUUGGCCCUUGGUGUUGAUCUGGUGAGAUGGUUUAACCCUGCAUUUCUGUAACUCCACCUGGUAAAGGUUCUUGUCUAUGGCGUAUCAUUACUCUUUCUUUGAUCAGAUAACUAAAUAGAGAAAGAUGCUAUAAUUGUUAACAAGACAUACUGAGAUGGAGCUCUGAGCUUAGCUGAUAAGUAUAGAUUAAUUAUGUAAAAAGAUGUUUGUAAAAGAUAUAUAGAUAGGAUUAUAGUCUAGAGUCAAAGUUCUAAGGAUCAUUUAAGGCUAUUUAGCAUAAUUAUCAUUUCUUGUCUUGUUCUUGUUUGUUUGGAGAUUAUAGAUACCUCCACCCCCCAUUCCUUGAGCAUAGUUACAUUGUAUAUAUAUAGCCAAUGCAUCUUAAGGUGGUUUUGUUCGAGAGGUGUGAA